AAAACAGCUUCGCAGCCUCGACUAGCAACAUCCGGGUCCCUCAGGUUUCUACCAGGCGACCCGUCGCCAUUCGUGCGAGCUCAUACAAAAACAUACAAAUUUAGGGGCGAAAUCUUGAUAUUGACAAUUCCUGGCUAUUGAAAACAUUUCAAUACAUCGGAUUUGCAAAUAAUUCACCCGAGCAAGAAGAAGGUUGCUUGUUGGGGGCCUGUCCCCGCGUGGCUGUUCGUCCUCUCCUAGCCCAGCCUGCAUAACUUUGAGACGCACAUAUCGUGUCUCUUCUUUUUCUCUCCGGAUUAUUUGAGUGUGAAGAUGUCGCCGUGAUGGGGUCUCCGUGUUUGAUAGAUAUGAAUCAGGGCAUUUGCCGCCUGACCCGCACUCUUCGCAGCCCACUUUACUCCUUGUUGUUUUUGUUUGAUGCUAGAGAGCUCAACGGCUCUCAGCCCGGAGUUCGGCCUCAGCAGCGAUCAUCGCACCGACACAACAAACAUGGAGAAAACACCCAACAACAGCAACUCCAAGGCGCCACCUCGUUCCAACUCUUCCGGGCCCACGCCGGGGGAUUCUAAACCCAAAACAGAAAGUAAGAAUAAUGGAGGGUCCAAGCGUUAUAACCGCAAACGGGACCCCUCCUUUCCAAAAGCAGAAAACUUCACAGGCCCGCGUCGCACCAAUCCACAGAAAAGCAAGAGUUUUGACAAGAGACCCCCCCAGAGAGGUGGAGGACGGCAGUAUGGGGUUGCAGGAGGAGGACGACGGGAGGAGGUAGCAGAGACACACCGGGCCGAGUUUACCCCGGCUCAGUUUGCUGGACCGAAAAAAAUCAGCUUGAAUCACCUGUUGAACUUCACCUUCGAACCUCGUGGAGGUAAUGGUGCUGCCGGAGACGGAGGACCCUCCUGUUGGGGACGCCGAAACAAAUGGGGCCACAAGCACAAGCCCUUUAACAAGGAGCUUUUUCUGCAGGCCAAUUGCCAGUUUCUGGUGACUGAUGACCAGGACUACGAAGCUCACUUCACUGAUCCGGAUACUCUUGUCAACUGGGACUGUGUGCAACAAGUGCGAAUCUAUAGUCAUGAGGUGCCAUCUUGCCCCAUCUGCCUCUACCCACCUGUGGCCGCCCGCAUCACCCGCUGUGGACACAUCUUCUGCUGGCCCUGCAUAUUGCAUUACUUGUCUCUAAGUGACAAGAUUUGGUCCAAGUGUCCUAUAUGCUACGAGGCCGUCCACGUGGGGGAUUUGAAGAGUGUGGUUGCUAUGGAGACCAGGCAGUAUGUGGUCGGCGAUGUCAUCACCAUGCGCCUCAUGCGCAGGGAAAAGGGAGCUGUUGUAGCCAUGCCGAGCUCUCAGUGGGCGAAAGUGGAAGAGCCUAUACGCUUUGGAGAUGCUGCUCUUAGUCCAUAUUCCAAGCUGCUGCUCACCACCUGUGACCAGGUCCUCAUCCUGGUGGCGGAGGAGAAGGCUGCCCUGCAGGCCCAGCUAUGCCAGGACGAAGAUGCACCAGGCUGCUUUAUUCAGAGCGCACUUUGCCAUUUGCAGGAGCGAGAGGAAGCGCUUUUUCAGCAGCAGAAGCCAAAUAAAGUUGAUACCUUUGACUUCUCCUCUCUGGCUCUUGAGGAACCUACUGAUCAUGCAGAGGAAUUUAUGACUAACAACAGUAUUACCAAGCCGAUGCUACAGUAUUCGUCUGCAUUUGAUGAUGAAGUGGAAGUACCCCCCGAGGAGGUUGCUGAGGAGUUGCCAGGGUCUCCUGGAGAUAUUUUGGAGUGUGUGCAAGAAGAGCCUUCAGAUGCUGUGUUGGAUGUAGCUCCAGAGCCCGGUUCUGAUGAGAAAAUUCCUGCCAGAGAGACAGAAACAGGUCACACUUCAACCAGCCAGGUGCACGGACCCUUCUAUUACUUCUAUCAAGCCGAGGACUGCCAGCAGAUGUUCUUGCAUCCUGUGAAUGUACGUUGUCUGCUGCGGGAAUAUGGCAGCUUGGAGGCCAGCCCAGACUCUAUCACCGCCACUAUGGCGGAAAUAGAGGGACACACCGUCACCGAGGAGAUCCGCCGCCGUCAUCGUUAUCUGUCUCACCUGCCACUCACUUGUGAGUUCAGCAUCUGUGAGUUAGCCUUGCAGCCGCCAGUCCUCUCCAAAGAAACCAUGGACACAUUUGCAGAUGAACUGGAGAAAAGAAAGCGCCUAAGACAAAAGAAAGCCAGAGAUGAGAAGCGCAGAGAGAAGCGAAUUGAAAUGGAGGAGAACAAGAAGCAGGGUAAAUAUCCUGAGGUGCACAUAGGACUGGAGAACCUUCAACAUUUCCCAGCAUUUGGCUCACCACCUCACACUAGCAGCCUCCCAGUCCAUCCUGAUUUUACUCUGGUUCCUCCUUCACCACUUAGCAGCAGUCCUUCCUCUGAUGGGAUGACAUUCCCAAGUCUAAAUGGACAAAGCUCAUACCCCAGUGUGCGGAGUGUGGAGGAAGACUCUCACUGCAUGUCCUUUGCACAGAUGCUGAGAGACGGGAAAGCCAAAGCUGAAGCUGGGCUCAAAAUCUCUUCAAAAGACGAGAAGCUGUUGGUUCCUCCUGCGGCGGACAGCGACGGAGAGAGCGACGGCUCGGACCGUGUGCCCGUGCCCAGCUUUCAGAACUCUUUCAGCCAAGCAUUUGAGAAGGCACUCCUGCAGCUGGAUGGUUCUGCUGCUUCUCCGCAGCUCCUGGUUGUCACAGACGACAAAGGAGCAAAGAAGAAAAAGAAAAAACAGAAACUUCUGUUCAGCACGUCCAUGUUUCACACAAAGUAGACAACACUGACAUCAAUUGAAUAGUUAAAUUUUUGGGUUUAUAAUUACACUCGUUUUAGUUUUUUGGGAGCGAUAACUUGGAAAGUGAUUUAGAAUGCAGCCAAAUUGAAUGCAGUGUUGGUUUUAUAGUGAGUUAUGCUUUUGAAGUUUGGUUUAAAAAUGGUGCAGAGAUGUUCCUAUUCCACAUACCGUAAUUUCCGGACUAUUAGCCGCACCUGACUAUAAGCCGCACCAGCUAAAUUUAGGGGAAAAUACAGAUUGCUCCAUAUAUAAGCCGCACCCGACUAUAAGCCGCACCAGCUAAAUUUAGGGGAAAACACAGAUUGCUCCAUAUAUAAGCCACACCCGACUAUAAGCCGCACCUGACUAUAAGCCGCACCAGCUAAAUUUAGGGGAAAAUACAGAUUGCUCCAUAUAUAAGCCGCACCCGACUAUAAGCCGCACCAGCUAAAUUUAGGGGAAAAUACAGAUUGCUCCAUAUAUAAGACGCACCUGACUAUAAGCCGCACCAGCUAAAUUCAGGGGAAAAUACAGAUUGCUCCAUAUAUAAGCCGCACCCGACUAUAAGCCGCACCAGCUAAAUUUAGGGGAAAAUACAGAUUGCUCCAUAUAUAAGCCACACCCGACUAUAAGCCGCACCUGACUAUAAGCCGCACCAGCUAAAUUUAGGGGAAAAUACAGAUUGCUCCAUAUAUAAGCCGCACCCGACUAUAAGCCGCACCAGCUAAAUUUAGGGGAAAAUACAGAUUGCUCCAUAUAUAAGACGCACCUGACUAUAAGCCGCACCAGCUAAAUUCAGGGGAAAAUACAGAUUGCUCCAUAUAUAAGCCGCACCCGACUAUAAGCCGCACCUGACUAUAAGCCGCACCAGCUAAAUUUAGGGGAAAAUACAGAUUGCUCCAUAUAUAAGCCGCACCCGACUAUAAGCCGCACCUGACUAUAAGCCGCACCAGCUAAAUUUAGGGGAACAUACAGAUUGCUCCACAUAUAAGCCGCACCCGACUAUAAGCCGCAGGGUUUUGAUGUGUACUUACCGUAGUAUAUAGGGGUUCCUGCUACCACGGAGGGGAUUGUCGGGACAGAGAUGACUGUUUGGGAGCGCAAAGCGUCCCAUUUAUUAACAAUAAAUCUUUCAAUCAUUCAAUCAAACUUUCACAUCUUUGACAUGGCGAACAGCAUUCGUGCAGAGUACAAAUAAUACAACGGUGCAAAGUAAUACAAAGUGCUCGCCUGUACGUUAUCAAAAUAAGCAGCCUAUGAAAAGUCAGUCUUCUAAUCAUUGUGUCAUCGUCUUCCUCCUGCGUACUAAAACCACCCAAAUCCUCUUCGUCUGUGUCGGAGAAGAACAGGCCGUAAAUAAGCCGCACCCUUGUAUAAGCCGCAGGGACCAGAACGAGGGGAAAAAGUAGCGGCUUAUAGUCCGGAAAUUACGGUACAUACGGAUUUUUAUACCUGUGAUGAUAUUUUAGUAGGUCAUAUUUGGAGGCCUGUGGUAUAAAUAACAAGAUUCAUUAAGGGUGCCCAACAUUACCAGUCGCAGUCAACCAGCUGCAGAUACAUUGCACCUUUUCAAUCUUUCCAGGAUCCUCGUUUCUUACCUUUAAAAUAGCUUGUCAGGCAAGAAUGCUGACCUUUUUGUUAGUUUGCCACAAUUUGAGAGAGACCACAGUAUUGCAAUGAAACCUCUCAGCACAGCAGCUGUUUUGCAAAGUUUACUCCUAUAAUCUGUGGUUAGACCGUAAUUAAUGCACUUACCUCAUCUUUGACUUUUGCUCAUUAGAAUUCUUUUAUUUCAGUGUUGCGAUUGUGUGAAGCUGGAAAAGCGCUGAAGUUAACAGCAGAGUCGGGCGAUGGACAUUUUUUUGAUUUCACCUUUCAUUUUGAGCAAGUGUACAGGCUAUUGAAAUAAAUAAGUCUGCUGAAAUGAAUAAACAUUUAUGCACAAUCCCA